CCGAGCAGCUCUGUCCCCGCUGUUCGCGCUGACUGAGGCGCUAAAGCCCAAAACCCGGCCGGCUGCUCAGCGUUAUCCUCCUCCGAACCACCGAGGCUGCUACUCUCCGCGACCGCUGCCCUUUCCGCGUCGGACAUGCGCUUGGCCACCGCCGCAGACGAGGCAUACACAGCCUCACUAGCCGUCUCGGAGCUGCUUGGCUGCAAGCAGUGUGGCGGGGGCCACGGCCAGGAAGAGGAACUUGGAAUUAGAAUUCCUCGACCACUAGGACACGGACCAAGCAGAUUUAUCCCAGAAAAGGAGAUUCUUCAAGUUGGGAGUGAAGACGCACAGAUGCAUGCUUUAUUUGCAGAUUCUUUUGCUGCUUUGGGUCGUUUGGAUAACAUUACAUUAGUGAUGGUUUUUCACCCACAGUAUCUGGAAAGUUUCUUAAAAACUCAACACUAUCUACUGCAGAUGGAUGGGCCAUUACCCCUACAUUACCGGCACUACAUCGGAAUAAUGGCUGCAGCAAGACAUCAGUGCUCCUACUUAGUGAACCUCCAUGUAAAUGAUUUCCUUCAUGUUGGUGGGGACCCCAAGUGGCUUAAUGGCUUAGAGAAUGCUCCUCAAAAACUACAAAAUUUAGGAGAACUCAACAAAUUGUUAGCCCAUAGACCUUGGCUUAUUACCAAAGAACACAUUGAGCAACUUUUAAAAGCUGAAGAGCACAGCUGGUCCCUUGCAGAACUGGUACAUGCAGUAGUUCUCCUCACACACUAUCAUUCUCUUGCCUCGUUCACAUUUGGCUGUGGAAUCAGUCCAGAAAUUCAUUGUGAUGGUGGCCACACAUUCAGACCUCCUUCUGUUAGUAACUACUGCAUCUGUGACAUUACGAAUGGCAAUCACAAUGUGGAAGAGAAUCAGGUCACCUCAGCAGGAAAUGUUUCAGUAAGUGAUUCCUUCUUUGAGGUUGAAGCCCUCAUGGAAAAGAUUAGGCAAUUACAGGAAUGUCAGAGAUGAAGAAGAGGCAAGUCAGGAGAGAUGGCUUCACGUUUUGAGAUAGAAAAAAGAGAGAGCAUGUUUGUUUUCUCUUCAGAUGAUGAAGAAAGUGACACCAGCAAGAGAUAUAGCUCUCACUUUGAGGAUACUAGUUAUGGCUAUAAGGAUUUCUCUAGACACGGGAUGCACGUUCCAACAUUUCGAGUCAGGGCAAUAAUUGAGCUUAGGUUUAAAGGUUAUAGUGAGGGAGAAAUCAUAAAGAAACUGGCUGGGCUCCUGAGAGCUGACUAUUGCUGGGAAGACCAUGGUUAUUCUUUGGUAAAUCGCCUUUAUCCAGAUGUGGGACAGUUGAUUGAUGAAAAAUUUCACAUUGCUUACAAUCUCACUUAUAAUACGAUGGCAAUGCACAAAGAUGUUGAUACCUCAAUGCUCAGACGGGCUAUUUGGAACUAUAUUCACUGCAUGUUUGGAAUAAGAUAUGAUGACUAUGACUAUGGUGAAAUUAACCAGCUAUUGGAUCGAAGCUUUAAAGUUUAUAUCAAAACUAUUGUUUGCACUCCUGAAAAGGUUACUAAAAGAAUGUAUGAUAGCUUCUGGAGGCAGUUCAAGCACUCUGAGAAGGUUCACGUUAAUCUGCUUCUUAUAGAAGCUAGGAUGCAAGCAGAACUGCUUUAUGCUCUGAGAGCCAUUACCCGCUAUAUGACCUGAUGCCUUCCCUCCAUUAAAGAUGAUGGAAUGAUCUACAAGGGGGAGGUCCUAAGCCCCCAGGACCAAUGGUAGAUUAAAGAAUUCAAAUACAUUGUGCCAUGAUUCCUUUAGUUUCUGCUAUUUUACUGUGGAAAUACCACUGUUGGCACGAGCAGUGAAUGCUUGGCAGCUUCAAGUUUAGAGCUGUGAAGAAGGGUUGCCAUUCACAGUAUUUUGCUUUUUGAAGAAUAUGAUGCUGUACAACUGUUUUUAAUACAGCAAAUAGUAACUCCAAAUCCUGUUGCUUUUAUGUUAAAUAAGAUAACAAGAAUUGGAGCAUGCAAAGAAUGGGACUUGGAUAAUGACAUAAGCUUUUUUACAUAAAGAAUUUCAGAUCUUGGUGCUGCUAUUCCUGCUGGUGGAAUGAAUAGAGAGGCUGUUUCAGUUAAGCUAUUAGUAAUAAAAGUGAACACUGCUACUAUCUGAGCCUACAUACAUAAUUCGUGUGGUUUCAAAUUAGACUUGCACAUGUUAAUUUUGUUGCAUCUAAAAAAGCAUAGAAUUAUUACUUAUAGCUCAGCAAAGACCAUUUUGAAGGUAACAGUUCAGUUCUGUCAUUAUAGUUGUUUUUUAAAUUCGGUUAUUGGAAGACACUGAAUUACAGUGUCAUUCUUAAAGAUUUUCUUCAAAAAGCAGUCUUACGUGAAAAUGUGUAAAUUAUAAGAAAAGCUGGCUAUCUCUUAAUACGCUGCUUCCCAAGAUUCUCUGACACUGGAGGGCAGCUAUCUUGUGCAGUAUUUUUGUUGCCAGCACGGAAGUUGCGGGAACUGUUGCUGUAGACUGCUGCACAGUCCCAGGUGCAUUCUGCUCCUGCCCACCUCAUUGUCCCCACUUUAAAGAUUGUGCACUCCUUAAAUAAUAAAGCUGGAAAAUAUUUUUAGUAAGGUUACCAAAUUUGAUUUACAAAAAUGGUAACUUUGAAAUUCAAACUGGUUCAAAAAAUGUAUUAAGUACUUUGUAUUCUGGAAGCGUGAAUUGCUUUUGAAGUCUGUCAGUAUUAUUGGUAUUUUUCAAUAAAGAAUAAAUUUUCUCCAA